CUUCAGCAGAACUUCCACUUCCUGUUCCUCCUGCGGGCUUUCUAGCACGAGAAGCAAUUCCUGCGGCGCCUUUAGCAGCCGUUCCAGGAAGUGUUCCGCCUGCAACAGCAGCCGCACCAGCAGAAGCAGGAGCACCACCAGCAGCAGGCACUAAUGAUGAAGACGAGGCGAGAAGAAUCAAGAUGAAUAAAGCAGACUAUCUGGUGGCUGGGGCAAUCAAACAACAGGCUGAAAAGAAGGUGUUGUUGGCCGAAAUGGAACAAACCCUGGAGGACUUAAAGAUUGAGGGCAAAGCUCGUGGAGCUAUCUGGUUCCAUUGGUUCGACCAGCUUAAAAUAAGCACAACCAAGGAAUUGUUAGAGUCGUACAAUAAGGCGCGAUCGCGAGCAGCUGAUGCUUCUGAGGCUGAACAUCGUGAGGAUGGAGGAAAGUCCAACGACAAUAAUGGUGCACGAGCAGGAGCCGAAGGUGAAGGAAAAAAGGAAGAUGUUGGGGUAGAGCAAGAAGACGGCGAGGAAGCGGGUGCAAUGCUUCUUGCACUCGGUUACAAAGACAAAAUGAACGUACUCAUCCAAACGGCGUUUGAUGCGGCAAUGCAGGUGAGAAACAACGGACUAUUUUCUGAGAAAAAUGUCCUUGAAAAUGGUGUCCCGGGUUGUGUUGUCGUUGCCGGAGAUAUUGUCUGGAACGAAGCCGCUUACAAGAAGCCGUGGGAGAAAUUAGUGCGUGACCACCUAAAACUAAAAGAGGAGGACCUCGAAGCUGCAACUGCGUCUGGGGCAAACUUAGAAGGACAAGAAGGCGAAGAAGAGGAAGACGAGCAAGACUUGUUGGCUUUGCCCCUCUUCGGAAAGAUCCAGACGGAUAUUCUAUUAGGGCUGGACUUAAACACCCAAGGCCUGCUAGCUCAAAUGAGCCCAUGUCGGGAGCGCAAGCAGGACACGGAUGGACUUUCGAGAGCGAACCGGCUAUUGUGGGAAAAUCUAAAGAAUAGAAUACAAGCCGAGCGUGAUAAAAAGAAGCUGGCAGCGGAUCAAGCUGCUAAGAGAGAAAUGAAAAAAGCUAAGAAAGAAGUACAAGCGAAGGCGACAGCAAAGCUAACUGCUCAGCAAGGUCAAGGUGGGAAAAGACACAAAUAAAGUAAAAGCUCUACUUCUAAAGUGUAAGUAAGCUCUGCUUCACUUGUAGUUCUGCGAUACUAGAAGUGCUACGUAUAGUAUACUAUGGCUUUCAACUAAUACUAAAAAUUUGAAUUGGUUUUUGAUUUCUUGACUAAUCAAGCCUGCACGAAUAUUCGAGGAGCUCGUCCUGGCUUUGGUCCUCGAGGUCCUCAGAAGAUUCAAUAUUAUACUUACACACUAAUUAUUGUUAUUCGUCAUCUACAUCUUCGACUUACUAACGAUUUUUAUUCUAUAUGAUAUACAUUACUAAGAGCUUGAGCACAAAUGCAAAACAUCAAAUAACUUACUGAAACUGAUCACUUUUUAACCCUCCCACCUGCAAAACAAGUUAACCAAGUGUCCGUCCCAACCACUAAUCGAGAUCGAGUAACAUCAUCAUCAUUCAUUCCAAUGAUGCAAAUUUAUUUCAGCCGCACGCAUUUUUUACUUCGAGGGGAUGGCUCAUUUCGACGUUUUAGCUGUUAUCAAAACCUUGCACAAAUCAAAUGAAGUGGAACAGAUGAUAUUGAGAUUUUCAGAACUUGUCUCUACGGGUGUUACAAAUAGCACCAUCACUAUACAAAUACAGGUAAAUGAAUGAGUGAAUGAAUGAACACAUGACAUGAACAGGAAAGCUUUGUCAAAUUCACCUGAGCAGCAGAGAAGGAAUAUGCUGCAUUACUAGAAACUGACAAGAAUGAAUAAUUGAUAAUCAUGGUCUGAUAAGUCUCUUUUUCGUUAGUUGAGAAAUGGAAUUUGAAGAAGAAAAAACCUAUUUACUUGUUUUUUCUGUACUUGUACUUUGUUUUUUUACAACCCCAGAAUGAGUUAUUAUCACAAACGUGUAGAUGUUUUGGUCAACAUGUCUAGGAUAGAUCAGAUGAAUUACUUCAUUAACUUGCUCUUCUUGUGAAACUACAGGUGAAAGACUGACCACGGGCACGGCCGUGUGCCAUCUUGAAGAGGUCGCACUCCUUGUGCUUGUGCUUCUGUUAUGAAAAAGAACCAAGCUCCCGCUCUGGGGAGUUCAUUUCAGGACCACUAGGACAAACUUAUAAAUUGUACUUCUCUCCUUCACGGCAUACAUAUAUUACGGGCAGGAGCGCGGUCGAGAGC